AUGUCUUCCCAGCCAGGUGACCCCGCGACCCUGCCGGCUCAGUCAUCUCUGUCUUUCACACAGGGUUUCCUCCUUGGACAGCUUUCUGUGGUCCUUGUCCUUGCUGCGUUCAUCAAAUUCUUCAUCUUCGGCGAAGCACCCCCACCGCCAUCUCGCGGACUCUCCCAUCGUUCAGCAACUCAUCGACGUUCCAACUCAAUAUACAGCAACUCACCUCAGGAGGCAGGCUCGAGGUCAUUGAGAGAAAAGCCAUCCACCUCCAACGUUCUGCGUCCAGUACCGUCAUCCUCCACUAACACUCGCUCGAUCCUUCGAAAAACAUACUAUAGUGCUAUCCCUACAAAUCCCGCGAAACAUGGGCGCCUUAGGAUACACCAUUCUUCGCAUCAGCCAGAAUCACUGGAUUGGUUCAAUGUUCUCAUUGCGCAAACUAUUGCUCAGUAUCGACAAACCGCAUAUUCGCUAAAAGACUCACCGACAUCAUCAAUUCUCAAUUCACUUACCGCGGCUCUGAAUAAUCCGGAGAAGAAGCCAGCGUUCAUAGACAAGAUCACAGUCACGGAUAUAUCCCUAGGGGAAGAGUUUCCGAUAUUCAGCAACUGCCGUAUCAUUGCCGUUGAUGACCCGAACUCUGACGGUGGGCGGCUUCAGGCUCUGAUGGAUGUCGACUUGAGCGACGACAACCUUUCCAUUGCCAUCGAAACCCAGUUGCUGCUCAACUACCCUAAGCCUUGUUCUGCUAUCCUCCCUGUGGCUCUUUCUAUCUCCGUUGUUCGUUUUUCUGGGACCUUGUGUAUAUCCCUGGUCCCAGCAUCCACACCUCCUCUGGACACCCCCUCCCAUUCCCCGUCUCCUCCCACGGCCGAUACAGCAACAAGCGGGCGGUCGAAACCGGGAGACAAGGCGGGGGGAAAUCAGCCACGUUCUAAUGGUUCUACCGAAGACCCUGCCGGCGGCAAUCCACCAAAAACUAGCCCGAAGAGCAACGUUGCAUUUUCGUUCCUUCCGGAUUAUCGACUCGAUCUCUCAGUACGGUCGCUAAUUGGCUCCCGAAGCAGACUUCAAGAUGUGCCUAAAGUUGCUCAGCUCGUCGAAGCUCGCGUUCAAGCGUGGUUCGAAGAGCGUGUCGUUGAGCCUCGGGUCCAGGUUGUGGGACUACCAGAUCUUUGGCCUCGCAUGGGCAGAACAGGUGUCCGAACGGGCGACGACGCAGAAACAGCUUCCAAUGGUCCGCGAAGCACCGUAUCUGCUGAUAUUGGCGGUUCUGCUCGCCACGAGGAGCUAGCUCGGGAGCCAGAAGCUCUGAGAUUUCGAGGACUGUUGGGCGCGCGACCACCGUUUGACGUUGCUUCCCGGACAAGUAGCUUCAAUGUUGAGACGGGCGAUCUUCGCAGUCGCAGCAUGACCCGGCAAGAGAGCAGCGGUGAUUUGAGUGAUCAAUUGCAUAUUCCAGGCUCUCUGCCUGAGGCCGUAACUCCUGGCUAA